GAAGAGGGGCGGGAAGCUGGGAGGGGCGUAAAAACUGCGGGCGUCACAGGACUGCAGCUCUUCGCAUGCCGGGCAGUUUGCUGCAUCUGGAGGAGCUCACUGGAGAAUCUCCAACGUCGGAGCGGCCCUUCAACUACCAUCCCACCACCUGCUGAUAAGCAAAAGCCUUCAAGACCCAGAGCGCACAGCCGGCGCCAGAGGCCCCACAGCCCUGCACAGACCAGGGAAGGAGGCCACCAUGCUGCGGACAUUCUCUAUCUUGCUCUUUUGCAUUCGGCUGAGCCUGGGUGUGCCAUCCCUAGUGAUGGAAUCUCAACCGGAGCUGUGGAUAGAGUCCAACUACCCGCAGGCCCCUUGGGAGAACAUCACACUGUGGUGCAGGAGCCCCUCUCGGAUAUCCAGCAAGUUCCUGCUGCUGAAAGAUAAGACAGAGAUGACCUGGAUCCGCCCUUCCUUCAAGACCUUCCAAGUGUCAUUCCAUAUAGGUGCCCUUACUGAAUCCAAUACAGGUCUUUAUAGGUGCUGUUACUGGAAGGAGACAGGCUGGUCGAAGCCCAGCAAAGUUCUGGAGUUGGAGGCACCAGGACAGCUGCCUAAGCCCAUCUUCUGGAUCCAAGCUGAGACUCCUCCUCUUCCCGGAUGCAAUGUCAACAUCCUCUGCCAUGGCUGGCUGCAGGAUCUGGUAUUCAUGCUGUUUAAAGAGGGAUACGCCGAACCCGUGGAUUACCAAGUCCCAACUGGGACAAUGGCCAUAUUCUCCAUUGACAACAUGACACCUGAGAAUGAAGGGGUUUACAUCUGCCGCACUCACAUCCAGAUGCUCCCCACCCUGUGGUCAGAGCCCAGCAACCCCCUGAAGCUGGUUGUAGCAGGACUCUACCCCAAACCAACUCUGACAGCCUAUCCUGGGCACAUUAUGGCACCUGGAGAAAGCCUGAGUCUCAGGUGCCAAGGGCCAAUCUAUGGAAUGGCUUUUGCUUUAAUGAGGCUUGAAGACUUGGAGAAGUCCUUUUACCACAAGAAAUCCAUAAGGAAUGAGGCAUAUUUCUUCUUCCGGUCUUUGAAGAGCCACGACGCUGGACAUUACCUCUGUUUUUACUAUGAUGGGUCCUACAGGGGUUCACUUCUUAGUGAUAUCCUGGAAAUCUGGGUAAUUGACACCUUCCCUAAGACCUGGCUACUUGCUCAGCCUAGUCCUGUGGUCCAAACGGGUCAGAAUGUGAGCCUGCAGUGUCGAGGACCAGUAGUUGGAGUGGGACUUGCCCUCUACAAGAAAGGAGAAGACAAACCACUUCAAUUCUUGGAUGCCGCCAGCAUCAAUGACAACAAAUCAUUCAUCCUCAACAAUGUGACCCUCAGUGAUGCUGGCAUCUACAGCUGCCACUAUCUUCUCACCUGGAAGACCUCCAUUAAGAUGACAUCACACAACACCGUGGAGCUUGUGGUUGUAGAUAAGCCCCCUAAACCCUCCCUGUCAGCUUGGCCCAGCACCGUGUUCAAGCUAGGAAAGGCCAUCACUCUUCAGUGCCGAGUAGCUCAUCCAGUCCUUGAGUUUUCUCUGGAAUGGGAAGAAAGAGUAACAUUCCAAAAGUUCUCAGUGAAUGGAGACUUCGUCAUCAGUAAUGUUGAAGGGAAAGGCACAGGGACCUACAGCUGCAGCUAUCGCAUAGAGGCACACCCUGACAUAUGGUCACAGCGCAGUGAGCCUCUGAAGCUGAUGGGACCAGCAGGCUUUCUCACCUGGAAUUACGUUCUGAAUGAAGCUAUCAGGUUGUCCCUAAUCAUGCAGCUUGUUGCCUUGCUGGUGGUAGUGCUGUGGAUAAGGUGGAAGUGUCGGAGACUCAGAAUCAGAGAAGCCUGGUUGCUGGGAACAGCUCAAGGGGUCACCAUGCUCUUCAUAGUCACGGCCCUUCUCUGCUGUGGACUGUGCAGUGGGGUAUUGACAGAAGAGACUGAAAUAAUCAUGCCAACCCCUAAGCCUGAGCUGUGGGCAGAGACCAACUUCCCCCUGGCCCCGUGGAAGAACUUAACCCUGUGGUGCAGAAGCCCUUCUGGCUCAACUAAGGAGUUUGUGUUGCUGAAGGAUGGUACCGGGUGGAUCGCAACUCGCCCGGCCUCAGAGCAGGUCCGGGCUGCCUUCCCCCUUGGUGCCCUGACCCAGAGCCACACCGGGAGUUACCACUGCCAUUCAUGGGAAGAGAUGGCUGUGUCGGAGCCCAGUGAGGCGCUUGAGCUGGUGGGGACAGACAUCCUCCCCAAACCUGUGCUUUCGGCUUCUCCCCCAGUCCGGGGCCAGGAGCUGCAAAUCCAGUGCAAAGGAUGGCUGGCAGGCCUGGGGUUCGCUCUGUACAAAGAGGGAGAGCAGGAACCUGUGCAGCGACUUGGUGCUGCGGGGAGAGAAGCCUUCUUUACGAUCCAAAGAAUGGAGGAUAAAGACCAGGGCAAUUACAGCUGCCGCACACACACUGAAAGGCGCCCCUUCAAGUGGUCGGAGCCCAGUGAGCCCCUGCAGCUUGUCAUAAAAGAAAUGUACCCUAAACCUUUCUUCAAGACAUGGCGCAGCCCUGUGGUCACCCCUGGUGCCCGAGUGACUUUCAAUUGCUCCACCCCUCAACAGCACAUGAGCUUUAUUCUGUACAAGGACGGAAGUGAAGUAGCAUCCAGUGACCGGUCUUGGGCAAGUCCGGGGGCCAGCAUUGCUCACUUUCUGAUCCUAUCAGUGGGCAUUGGUGAUGGAGGGAACUACAGCUGCCGCUAUUACGACUUUGCUAUCUGGUCUGAGCCCAGUGACCCAGUGGAGCUUGUGGUGACAGAAUUCUACCCCAAACCCACUCUCCUGGCACAGCCAGGUCCCGUGGUGCUCCCUGGGAAGAAUGUGACCCUGCGCUGCCAAGGAGCUUUCCAGGGCAUGAGGUUUGCCCUCUUGCAGGAGGGGGCCCAGGCUCCCUUGCAGUUCCAGAGUGUCUCAGGAAACACGGCAGACUUUCUUCUCCAUACAGUUGACGCAGAGGACUCUGGGAACUAUAGCUGUAUCUACUAUGAGACCACCAUGUCAAACAGGGGAUCGUAUCUCAGUAUGCCUCUUAUGAUCUGGGUGACUGACACAUUCCCCAAGCCAUCGCUGUUCGCGGAGCCCAGUUCUGUGGUCCCCAUGGGACAGAAUGUUACUCUAUGGUGCCAAGGGCCGGUGCAUGGAGUAGGGUACAUUCUGCACAAAGAAGGAGAAGCCACUUCAGUGCCACUCUGGGGAUCCACCAGUAAUGACGGGGCAUUUCCCAUCACCAAUAUGUCUGGUGCUAGCAUAGGGCGUUAUAGCUGCUGCUACCACCCGGACUGGACCAGCCCUAUCAAGUUACAGCCCAGCAACACCCUGGAGCUCAUAGUCACAGGCUUACUCCCUAAACCAAACCUACUAGCCCAGCCCGGCCCCAUGGUGGCCCCUGGAGAAAAUAUGACCCUUCAAUGUCAAGGAGAACUGCCAGACUCAACAUUUGUCCUGUUGAAGGAGGGGACUCAAGAGCCUUUAGAGCAACAGAGGCCAAGCGGGUACAGGGCUGACUUCUGGAUGCCAGUGGUGAGAGGUGAAGAUUCUGGGAUCUAUAGCUGUGUUUAUUAUUUGGAUUCUGCUCCCUUUGCAGCUUCAAAUCACAGUGACUCCCUGCAGAUCUGGGUGACUGAUAAGCCCCCCAAACCCUCUCUGUCAGCCUGGCCCAGCAUGGUGUUCAAGCUAGGGAAGGACAUCACCCUUCAAUGCCGGGGACCCCUGCCAGGUGUUGAAUUUGUCCUAGAACAUGAUGGAGAGGAAGCACCCCAGCAGUUCUCCGAGGACGGAGACUUCGUUAUCAACAAUGUAGAAGGAAAAGGCAUUGGAAACUACAGCUGCAGCUACCGUCUCCAGGCCUAUCCAGAUAUCUGGUCAGAACCCAGUGACCCCCUGGAGCUGGUGGGAGCAGCAGGGCCAGCUGCUCAGGAGUGCACUGUGGGUAACAUUGUCCGGAGUAGCCUGAUCGUGGUGGUUGUCGUAGCCUUGGGGGUGGUGCUAGCCAUAGAGUGGAAGAAGUGGCCUCGACUCCGAACCAGGGGUUCAGAGACAGACGGAAGAGACCAGACCAUAGUCCUUGAAGAGUGUAAUCAAGAAGGAGAACCAGGCACCAUCACCAACUCUCCCUCUUCACCCUCUCAGGAAAUCUCAGUGGAACUGCCAGUGCCGUUGUAGUACUUCCUUUGCAAGAGCUUUCCUGUCCUCUCUUUUACCCUCAGAUGCCUGCAAAUCUACUGCUUACCCUGGGAGUCAGCCCCAUCUACUGAUCCUUGACCUUUAAUCACCUGAGCUCUGUCAAGGGGAUUCUGGGAGUUGAGGCUUCUACCAGGGUGAGAUGUUUCCUGAAGAGAGGUUCCCCACCCUAUAACUCCUCACUGUACUGAUUUACUGGUGCAUGAAAUUCUAUUAAAAACAUAUUCUUCUGAAUAAAGAGAGUAUUCACUAUUUAACUGCAAAAAA